UUAUAAAUCUUACCGUUAUCUUAUCUCGGAGAGACUAUAGUUUAGCAAGUGGGAAACGAAAAGGAAGAAAAGAAAUGGCAGAAACAAAUGGACUAGUGAUACACAUACUCCUCGGAAAGUUCAAGGACGACAUCACUCAACAGCGAAUCGACGAACUCAUCAAGGGCUAUGCCAAUCUCGUCAAUCUGAUCCCAGUCAUGAAGUCAUUCCACUGGGGCACGGAUGUAAGUGCUGAAAACCUGCACCAAGGUUUUACUCAUGUCUUUGAAUCAACCUUUGAUAGUGUGGAAGCCAUUGCAGAGUAUGGGGCUCAUCCUGCACAUGUUGAGUUUGCAAAUUUGUUUCUUCCUAGCUUGGAAAAGGUUAUUAUAGUUGACUUUAAGCCCACCAUUGUUAACCUCUGAUUGGUUUGGUUAAAGUCAUGAAAGUCACACAAGUUCAUGGAUCAUGUCUUCUUCUUGUAUUGGAUCUCUUCUGUUUUAUGUUAAAAAUGAACAUUUAUUUCCUCUAAUGUUUUUCUACAAUUUAGUUCUUGGAUUGUACUACUUGUAUGCAUUUGUGGGAUGAUACCCUAGUAAUAUCAUCUAUUUUACUUCUA